AUGCUAUUCCGACAUUUGCUGUCCCUCUUCUGGGCCAUGCUCGCGAACACCGUUGCUGGUCGUAUUGCGGCGAACCAUAAACUUAUUACCGACCACAGCCACUCAAACGAGACUCAGCCGGCUCUUGUCAACGCCACCGAUUUGGCCGUUCAGAAGCGCGACGAUAGAGGAUACUAUAGAUCCCCCCAGCACUGGAAUAACUACAAUCCCUGGCCUCCGGAGUACUGGCAAUGGGGCUUCCUGAACUGCAAGAACGUCCUUGAGCUCGACAAACGACCCACCGCCACCUGUGAGUACUAUUUCGAAAACUGCCCUGGCAACACCCAUAUCAGCUUCACCAUAAGCAUUGAACCGAACGGAGAGACCAACCCCAAUUGGUGCGCCGUAUUCUACGACUAUAUCGCCGAUGAAUGCGGCUCACCUCGCAUUCACUGGACCCGGUGCAAUACACACUUCAUGUCUGACCUCGACGGCCAUGAUGGCAUAUCUGUCGACUUUGACUUCACGCCCGACUUUCCAGUCGAGAAAUUCAAUGACGGCUGCAUUCAGGCGGCUGUACGUCGGGCCACCUGCGACACUCAGCUCGAACAUGUAACGAUGGCCAAUGGAGGCUGUGUUUUCGUUGGUUCUUGCGAGGACAAUGUCGAUCCUUUCAAGGAGUGA